AUGGCGUCGUCCCCAUCCUCCUCCGGGCUCGUCACCGACACCUUCUUCCUCGACGACUUCGCCAUGCGCCAGUGGGACGACCCGAACUACGGCGGCACCAAGAUCGACUUCGACAAGGCGGCGUUCGUCGCGCGGGUGCACGACGCGCACAAGUCGGGCGAGGCCCCGCUCGUGGACGGGUACGCGCCCUUCUGCAAGCACGUCUUCGUGCGCAACUUCGUCCCGGGCACCAAGGUUGGCGCCGUCGAGAUCACCCCCGACAACGAGCACCUCCUCCGCAGCGGCUACAGCGCCAGGUCCGACGCGGAGCUCCCGGUGUUGACGCGGUGGUUCCCGCAGGAGAAGAUCGACGUUCCGGACGCCACGUGGCUCGACGUCAUCCUGUACUCGCGAGAGCAGUUGGAACUGGAACGAGCGGCUGUGCCGUCGAAGCAAUCGCGCCCGCCGCUGCCGGACGCGCCGUGGGGAAUCAUCUCGGUCAAGGGCCAGACCGUGGACUACGAGUGCCCGAUGACGCCCAUCACGAUCAUGAGGAACGCGCUGGGCAAGGAAGAGGGCGGGAGCGGGGUGCCGAUUGAUCGCGAGGCGUACGCUAAGAGCGUCGAGUACCACCGGAGACACGCGCCGCUCGUGAAGGGGGACUCGCCCAACGGGGAGUGA